UGCACUGCACCUCACUCCUUCCCAUACCUGGACCAGAUUCAGUGGCACUUGCAAGGAGAUGACCCAGCUGCAGGGCAAUAUUGAAGGCAUCGUCAGUGCUUUCAAUGCAUAUGCAAAGGAGGAUGGAGGCUGCAUCACACUGAGCAAGGGGGAGCUGAGGCAACUCAUCCAGCAGGAGUUUGCUGAUGUGCUAGUGAAACCCCAUGACCUCCAGACCAUCGACCAGGUGCUGCAGCGUCUGGACGUGGAAAGGGAGGACAGAAUCGACUUUGAUGAGUUUCUCGUCCUGGUAUUCCAAGUGGCCAAGGCUUGUCACAAGAAGUUAAGCCCGUGCCAGCCAUCGGGAGACGGUCAAGGCUCAGCAGCCCAGGGAGACGCAAGUAGGGACCAGGCACAGAGAGCAGAUCAGGAGCAGGGCCAAAAACAACCAGAUGCACCAGAGCAGGAUCCCACUCGCCCGCAGGCUCCGGAGACCCGCACCGCAGAAGGGGACCUGAGCCGCCGUCACACCCAGGACCCAGAAGUCUCAGGGACCCAGGACCCAGAAGUAUCUCAGGGAGAUGGAAACCAUGAGGCCCAGGCAGCCAAGACCCCAGAGCAUGACUCAAUUCGCCGCCAGGGCCAAGAACCAGAGCAGGACCCGAGCCACCAUCGAGCCCAAGAGCAAGACCCAAAUCGUGAGGGCCAGGACCCUCAAGUCCCACAGCAAGAUGUGAAGCAUGAGGCUCUGGAGUCUGGUGCCCCAGAGCAAGCCCCAAACCGCCAUCCUGUCCUGCAGCCCAGCGUCUCAGAGAGGGACCUGGACCACUCUCACUCAAGUGCCUCGGAGAGGGACCUGGACCACCAUCCUACCCUGCAGCCCAACACCUUGGAGACAGACCUGGACCGCCAUCCUACCCUGCAGCCCAACACCUUGGAGACAGACCUAGACCGCCUUCCUACCCUGCAGCCCAGCACCUCGGAGACAGACCUGGACCACCAUCAGGGCCUGGAGACAGAGGCUCCAGAACAGGACCUGAACUCCACCACAGGGAGGGAAUCAACCCACAAUGAAGCCCACGAGUUGCAGGCCCCAGAGCAGGAGUCCCAGGAGUCCCAGCCAGAUGAACAAGACCAGAACCGCCAUCAGUCAGAGGAGCCUGAGGCUUCAGAGCACACCCUGCACCACCAGCCCCAGGAAGCCCAGCCAACGGAGCAAGACCUGACCUGGGAGACCCAGACACCCAGGGUCCCCGAGGGGGAUGUGAGUCGUGGUGGCACCCCGUUCUCUCCAGCACUUCAGCAGGACCGCGGUGCUCAGCAAGACCCAAGAGAAGAAGCUCUGACAGCCUACCGUCCAUACAUUUACCAGUGCCAGAAACCACCAACAUUUCCCUAUCAGUGGCUACCAAAGCAGUAAGGGCCAAAAUCAGACCCCAUGUCACUGAGGAAAAGAAAAAAAGGCAAUAGGCACCCAAAUAGUCCAGCUUAACUCAAGGCCACUGUCUAUUUACCCAGCUUCUCUGGCCAGUCCAGAUUUCCUAGCACUCUGCUUGUCUUUCACCAUUUGCUUGCAGCCCUGCUCUGUACAGUUCGAGUCCUUAUGUCCUUUGAGCCAUACUCUGAAUAGAUGCUUUUGCUCCCUCCCUUCUGUUGGGCUCCGGCUCCAUGUGUAAGCAAGGCAAUAAAAACCAAAUACAAGA